AUGGUGUGUAAGCCUAUCUUCAAGCUGUUGAACAAAGACGCUUUGACAAAGUGGACUAAAGAAUGUCAGACUUCUUUUGACGCUAUCAAGAACUAUUUGUCCAAUUCACCGGUGUUGGUUCCUCCGCGCGAAGGAAGUCCAUUGUUUCUAUAUUUGUCUGUUUCAGACAACACAUUUGGAUGCAUAAUUGUUCAGCAUGACGUGACAGGGAAGAAAGAGCGAGCGAUUUAUUAUAUAAGCAAGAAGUUCACUCCUUACAAAAUGGACCCACUGAAGUAUAUUUUCAAGAAGGCAAUGCCGAUUGGAAAAUUAGCUAAGUGGCAAAUGCUUUUGAGUGAAUUUGAUAUUGUGUAUGUGACCGAGGAGGCGAUAAAAGCACAAGCCUUGGCUGAUCAUCUUGUAGAAAACCCUGUCGAUGAAGAGAAAAAGUAUCUAGCAGUCUUAGUGUCAGAAUCCGGUCAGCACUAUCCUAUGGCAGUUAAGAUCCAGUUAAAUUGCAUGAACAACAUGGCUGAAUAUGAAGCUUGUAUUCUCGGUUUGAAAAUGGCCAUUAACAUGAAUGUUCACGAGCUAUUGGUUAUUGGAGAUUCAGAUUUGUUGAUUCAUCAGGUUCAGGGAGAAUGGGCCGUGAAGAACUCAAAGAUCAUGCCAUAUCUGCAAUAUAUACAAAAGUUGUGCAGAAGAUUCUUUAAGAUUGAGUUAAGACAUACUCCCAGAAAACAGAAUGAGUUGGCUGAUGCUCUUACCACCAUUUCCUCAAUGAUUAAGCAUCCAGAUACUAAUUAUAUUGAUCCUUUGGAUAUAGAGCUGAGAGAACAUCUGGUCUAUUGUUCGUACGUUGAAGCAGAACCAGACGGUUUGCCAUGGUAUUUUGAUAUAAAAAAGUAUUUGGAGUCUGGGAUUUAUCCUGAAGAUGUCACAUCCAACCAGAAAAAGUCGAUAUGA